AUGUCUGAAGCUCGCAAUCGCUGGGGUCUCGCUUGCACCAACGGAGGGCAGUUCUACAUCUGCGAGGAUGACGAUACCCAAUUCGUAGGCUGCUGUGUUAACGACCCUUGCGGGAAGAACAACGGCACCUGUCCAGAUGGCGAUUUGCGCGCCACGACUUUCAACCCUGACACUUACUCCGAACUUCCAUCACAAGACUGUGACAACUCCCAAGGCGUCGACAACUGGUACACAUGUGCCUUUACCAACCCGCCUUUCCUUGGAUGCUGCAGCCAGAAUGCCUGCACGUCGGGUUGCCCAAGAGACAGACUAGUCCCAGCUAAACUGUCGGAGAUUGAGAAUAACAGACUGGAUUUCCUUCAUCCCAGGGGUGAAAAGACUACGAGUAGCGCUUCCGAGACGGCUUCCGCCACGGCUUCAAGUACAUCUGCUGCUAGUGCUGACGAUGAUGAAGGAUUGAGCACAGGAGCUACCGCUGGCAUCGCUGUGGGCGCUUCCGUUGGUGGAUUGUUUGUACUGGCUCUGCUGGCCUGGCUCUUCUGGUUGAGGCCCCGACAGAAGAAGAAGAAUGAGAAGGCGCUUCAAGCAGCUUCAACUGCACCAGCACUUGGUCCAGCAGGAAGUGAUCAUCCACAGUCACCCAUGAGUGGUCCCAUCCACCAAGGCACAUUCGCUGCUCAUUCUCCGAUGAGUGGUUACCAACAAUCAUUCAACUCGACACCCACGGUCAUGAAUCCACAUUAUAGCGGUGUUUCAUCGAACGAUCAGUUCCAGAAGUACUCGUCCCAAUUCUCUCAGUCCGAAAGACCUCAGUCAUACGCGCAAUUCUCAGAUCACGGGAGCUAUGCAAACAGUCCUGGUCUUCCGCCGUACCAGCAACCGUACCAGCAACCGCAGAUGGUUCCUGUUCAGGAAAUGGAUGGGACUGCAAUGGCUCGCCAAGAGAUGAGCGCUGGUCCAGAGCAUCAUGUACAGCGCAAUCCAAGUAUCGGUCCCGAGAUAUUGAACGUGCAACAGCCACAGCAGGAAUCGAAAUGA